AUGCCGCUAAUCCAACUAGAGCCACAUCUGUUCACCAGCCUCCCCCGUCACCCAGAUCUUCCAGGGGACGCCAACACCCCGGAUCUGCGGGGGUUUAUCCAGGCAGUCCUGCUUGAGGCCCAGCCUCUUCUAAACCAGUUCCCGUCGACAUUGAAACCAGACUGCAAGCUACGCUCAUCUCCACCAUCCAAGGCAAAAGUGAAACUUUCACGGGGAUGGCGAACACUCCAAGCCCCCCAGGACUCCAAGCCCAAAAUGGAAUACUGGGUAUGUCGCCAAAGCGACCACCAAGACUCUGAUCGGUUGCCUGGAACAGUUUCCCUCUGGGAAUUCCACGACGGGUUGCGAUACAACCAUGCCGCGCACGAGAUGGAGUACACCCCCUCCGUGACGAGCGUAAAGCAACUGCUGAAAUGGAACGAGCCCAGACAAUGGGGUUCCAACGAGCCAAUCACUGCUGGAAACAUGAACUACAAGCAUUUCGAGGCCGAACUCAAUCUUAUUGUCCACACCUUCCAUCCACGGGCACUUAUCCGGCCCCGGGCUUUCAUAUCCUGGACUGUGUCGGCGACUUUCGCUAGCUCUUAUCAAGCAACCCGGGUCAACCCAGACUACGGCUUUAUUACCGUACAGAUUCCUUUCUAUUUGACGAAACCGAUCAUCCCCGGGUCCCGGUACGAGGGAAUCUACGCUCAAAUCAUGGAUGCCGUCCCGCGGCGAGUUGUCUUCGCUUACUAUGCCAGUGUCGAGCGGGUUGAGCUUCUAUCGCCUCCUUCUACUCCCGUAUCUUCGGGCCUGUCGCCUUCAGCAGAGUUAAAUACCACUGCCACCUCUCCUGAGCGUUAUCUUCGAUGGACUAUGGCGACGACUUCUGAGGCUGGUGGGAAGAUUCCUAAGUGUGUUCAGCGGAACUGGACGCUUGGUGGAGUGCCGCGGGCUGUUGUUGGUGAUGUGGGAUUGUUUAUUCAGUGGGUUAUCAAGCGGAGAGAAGAGAGGAGGUUGGAGCAGGAUUCUCAAAUGGGGGAGGGCUAA